UGACCUACUGACUGGCCGCAUUUAAGGGCGGCUCGGCGUUUGAGAGUAGACUUUGUGUGACGCUGCCCCUUGAGUCACGAUGAAGAGGAGGCCGGUGAAAAGCAGCGACUCAUCCUCCGCAGGUCGAGGCGUCCAACGCGGACGGAAGGAGGAGACGGCAUCCGGAUGGAAGCUGAAGAGAGGCCUAUUGGCCCUCUUUAUUGCCUUGAUUUUGGUGCCUUACUCUGUGAAAGUGCUCCCAGGUUUAAUCCAGCUCUUUGUUUACACCUAUAGAAUCAGGCUGCCAUUCUUCGAAGACCUUCGUCGGCCCGCUGAUUUCUCCCUUAAUCACACCAUCAACAUGUAUCUAACAUCAGAGGAGGGGGUCUCCCUUGGCGUUUGGCACACUGUCCCUGAAAGUCGGUGGAAAGAGGCACAAGGCAAGGACCUGGAGUGGUACGAGAAUUCGUUAAGCGAUGGGAAUACAGUUUUCAUAUAUUUACAUGGGAACACAAACGCAAGGUCGGCUCCUCAUCGGGUGGCAGUGGCAAAAAUAUUGAGCAGACUUGGUUACCAUGUGGUGGUGCCAGACUACAGAGGGUUUGGAGAUUCCACUGGGGAGCCCACUGAAGACGGCCUGACCACCGAUGCCCUCUUUAUAUACAACUGGGUCAAAGCCCGUAGCGGAAGCAGCCUGGUUGUUAUAUGGGGACACUCUCUUGGCACCGGAGUGAGUACAAACACUGCUGUUGAACUGAUCAAGCAAGGUGUAGUUCUUGAUGGCGUAAUCCUGGAGGGUGCAUUCAACUCGGCGCAACAGAAGAUACCAAUUAAUCCGUUUUACUGGUAUUACUGGAGACUACCUGGCAGUGGAUACUUAUUCCCAGAGCCAUGGGAAGGAAAGAAAAUUGUCUUUCCUACAGAAGAAAAUUUGAAGAAAAUGAAAAGCCCACUUCUUAUACUUCACUCGGAGGACGAUCACUUAGUUCCCAUUGAGAUUGCACAAGGGUUUUACAACUUAGCAGUCAGCGUCCAGAAUGCAGAUCGAGUCAAGCUAGUGACAUUUGAUGGUUCUCUGGGGUACCUGCACAACGGCUUAUACAGAGACCCCCAUUUGCCUGACAUCAUAAAAAGUUUUGUGGACACUUUGUAAGAUGGGAUCGGCUGAAGCUGACGUCACUGAAUCAUUGCUUUAUUCCUGCGUGAAACUGGAUUUGUCACUUUAAUUCACAAAAUUAAAUAUAGUGUUGUUUUAUCAUACUUGUGUUUUACUGCUACAUGCAAUCCCCUCUACUGGACAUUGUUGUAUGGUGAUAGUAAUCUUUAAUAAUUUAUAAUCAGUAUAAUAAUUUAUGACUGCAUGCAAAGGGCAUGUUUGUUACACACUGACACAUUUGGAUAUGUAUACUUGAAUGAUGUACCAAUUACAGUAAAUGAUAAAUCACUGUUUACAAUUCAUCUUCACAAAUCUAAGUAACCACUAAAGUUUUUCUGUUCAAAAUGUUAGGUUUACUAAAUUCACAAUGAGUUAACUGGUAUGUUGUUGAACUCUAAACAAUGUAAAAUGUAUUGUUCAAAAUAUAUCAUAAUAAUCUUUCCCUUUAUUACUGCUUGUGGCUUGUGUACAUACUGUAGGUUCAGUAUCAUGGAGUUUCAGAGAAGGUCUCUCUAAUACAGUGAAAGUCAGUAAAGGCUUUCAGUUUGAGGGUAUUUGACACAAAUAUUUACCUCAGAAAUAUUGUUGCAGCUAAGUAGUUGACUUAAAGGGGACCAUGAACACUUUCAUUAUUUGUGGUUCGUUUUUUUCUUUUAUUCUUGUAUUUUCAUCUCGAUUAACAAACGUUUGCCUUAUUUCCCACAAUGGGGGAAUUCUUGAGUUUACAGCAGCAGCAUGACAAUUUACACAACAAAAAAAUGAAAAGGAAACACCAGCAGUAAUAACUGUGCUUUCUUCAACUUUCUUGAAUAUGCCAUCCUCAACCUCUGCUAUGAUUUAGGAAUGUUGUCCUCAUGGAAACAUUAAGAUACAAAUAAAGUGACGUAAAAUGUA